UGUUUUUCUAUUUGUUGUUCGUGAGAUAGAAAAGGAAAGAAAGAAGGCGAAAAGCAGGCAUAAAAAAGCAAAGAUUCCCGCUGACUCCGUCUCUCUGCGCUGGGAUUAGGAAGAUAGAGCCCAAAGUUUUUUUUUAGGGUUUCUUUGUUGAUUUCCUCGAGCCGGAAAAAAGCUUUUGUUAUUCGUUUUUGCCGAUCGUAUUGAGCUAGGUCUCGGCGAGAUUAUGGCGUCGUCUUCAGCUUCGGCGACGGUGGCCGUCGAUAAGGCUACCAGCGAUCUUCUGCUAGGUCCUGAUUGGACCACGAACAUGGAAAUCUGCGAUUCCGUCAAUUCGCUUCACUGGAACAUCUUAACGUGCUGCAUCUUUGCUAACGAGUUUGCGCCUAUUGAAUUGCUCAGGCAGGCUAAAGAUGUCGUUAAAGCUGUGAAAAAGAGGCUGCAACAUAAGAGCCCGAGAGUUCAGCAGCUUGCUCUGACGCUUUUGGAGACGUUGGUGAAGAACUGCGGAGAUUAUUUGCACCAUCAAGUUGCAGAGAAGAACGUGUUGGGGGAAAUGGUCAAAAUUGUGAAGAAGAAGGCGGAUAUGCAAGUAAGGGAUAAAAUAUUGGUCAUGCUGGACUCUUGGCAGCAGGCUUUUGGAGGUCCAGAGGGAAAAUAUCCGCAGUAUUACUAUGCAUACGAUGAGUUAAGGCGUUCUGGAGUUGAGUUCCCUCGGCGUUCACCUGAUGCGUCCCCUAUAAUAACACCACCAGUGAGUCAUCCAACGUUAAGACAGCCUCAGGGGGGUUAUGGAUCACCGCAUGCUGGUUACGGAGUACCGCAAGCAGGUUACGGAAUGCCUCAAGGUGGUUAUGGAGUACCGCAAGCGGGUUAUGGAGUACCUCAAGCGGGUUAUGGAGUUCCUCAAGCGGGUUAUGGAGUUCCUCAAGCUGGUUAUGGAAUACCUCAAGUUAAUUAUGGAAUGCCCAGUGGUUCGUCGAGAAGGCUUGAUGAAGCAAUGGCAAGUGAGGUUGAGGGCUUAAGUUUGUCAAGUCUUGAGACCAUGAGGGACGUGAUGGAUCUCUUGGGCGACAUGCUACAAGCUGUGGAUCCCAGUGACCGUGCGGCUGUGAAAGAUGAAGUCAUUGUUGACUUGGUCGAGCGUUGUCGUUCCAAUCAGAAGAAGCUUAUGCAGAUGCUAACUUCCACUGGGGAUGAUGAACUUCUAGGCCGGGGACUCGAUUUAAAUGACAGUCUUCAGACUCUGCUAGCUAGACAUGAUGCAAUAGCUUCUGGUUCUCCUCUGCCAGUUCAGGCUUUGAAACCUGCUACGGAUUCGAGCCCCAAAUCUUCUGAAGCUAAAGAUUCUAGUUCCAUAGCUGGUUCUAGUUCCCCAAUACCCACCACUGUUUCGACGGGAAAAGCCCCAAUUGAUGAGGAGUACGAAGAGGAGGAAGAUGAGUUUGCGCAAUUAGCUCGCAGGCAUUCCAAACCACCAGCGUCUGUGACUACAGACCCCAACAGUUCAGAGUCGCAUAAUGCUCUUGCUCUUGCUCUUGCUCUGCCUGACCCGCCUCCUCCAGUGAACACCACAAAGGAACAAGACAUGAUUGACCUAUUAAGUAUCACACUGUCUACACCGUCAACUCCACCGCCUCCAUCUUUUCAGCCUCCUCCCACUGUCUCAGAUCAAAACACCCAUAUCUAUCCACAGGCUUUGCCACAGUUUGGUAGCUAUGUCGCUCCGUGGGCACAGCAACAGCAACCGCAACAGCCUCAAACAGAGCAGGGCUAUUCGCAACCGCAACAGCCUCAAACACAGCCGGGCUACUCUCAACCGCAACAACCACAACAGUUUCAAACACAACAGGGCUAUUCGCAACCACAACAGCCUCAGACACAGCAGGAGUAUUCUCAACCGCAACCGCAACAGCCUCAAACACAGCAGGGCUAUUCUCAACCGCAACCGCAACAGCCUCAAACACAGCAGGGCUAUUCUCAACCGCAGUCGCAAGCACAGUUCCAGAUGCAACCGCAAAGUAGACCUCAGAACCCGUAUGAAUAUCCUCCUCCGCCAUGGGCUUCGACAUCAGCGAAUGCAUACUAUACCCCACGGGCUAAUGCAACUGCGUCAUACACAGACACAUCGGCCGUAGCCGGGAGAUCACUGCAGCAGUCCAACUCAUUCCCCACAAGAGCCGGAGAUCCCCAGGCUACUUCAGCUGCAAGCAAUCCAGUAGGACAGAAGCCGUUUGUUCCAUCGUACAGACUGUUCGAAGAUCUGGAUGUGUUUGGUAGCACAGAGGGGAAGCAUAACAAUAAGUCUACGAACAGUAAUAAUAAUGCUUCUCAGGCGCAGCAAAGUAUGGUAGGAGGGAGGAAAAUGAUUUAAACAUAAGUGGAUGAUGAUGAUGCUUCGUUAUUUUCCCCAUUGUUAAUAUAAUGGUGUUCAACUGAAUGUACAUUUUUUUCCCUGCUCGUUUGAUUUUAGGAUUUGUUAUGACAUACUAAAAACGCUUUGAUGAGAAUGAGAUUUUUUAUUUUAUUUUUUGCUUUGUGCUCACUUUUCGUUCCCUUUUGUGGAGUCGUCGUGUAACCUGGAUGGAAUGAUAUCAUACACCUGCCUGAGUUAUGUCCAAAUGAUAUGUUUUGCUAAAUGUGAUCUUUAUUUUGUAUUUUUGAAAUGUUUCAUCUUUUUAUUAAUUGCAAAAAUCCUUUCAUGAA